UGCAGGAUUAAAACCCAAGAGGCUCUGACACAGGCGUCAUCAGGAGCCCACUUUCUCUGGGUCGUCUGACUAGAAGUGAGCUGUCUGUCAUUCUUGUGCACCCCAACCCCAGCCCAGUACUCUUUUGGGAGCAAAGCAAAGUGUAAGUAAUGCUGUCCCCGGGCUGACUCAAGGAGGCAGUUUUGGUUUUAAUAGCCAGUGUUUAUUUGCUCAAGCAAACUUCGUCUUGGGGAGAAAUGUGGCUGGAUGUCAUCAGAGUUCCCAGUGCCCCGAACCGUGAACAACCCAAAUGGAGAAUAUGAACGUGCUACUCGCGCUCAUUUGUCUCAUCGUGCCUCUGCUGUCGCUGGAGAUUGAUGUAUGUACAGAAUAUCCAAAUCAAAUCGUUUUAUUUUUAUCUGUAAAUGAAAUUGAUAUUCGCAAGUGUCCUCUUACACCAAAUAAAAUGCACGGCGACACCAUAAUUUGGUACAAAAAUGACAGCAAGACCCCCAUAUCAGUGGACCGGGACUCCAGGAUUCAUCAGCAGAAUGAACAUCUUUGGUUUGUACCUGUCAAGAUGGAGGAUUCAGGAUAUUACUAUUGUAUAGUAAGAAACUCAACUUACUGCCUCAAAACUAAAGUAAACGUAACUGUGUUAGAGAAUGACCCUGGCUUGUGUUACAGCACACAGGCCAGCUUCCCACAGCGACUCCACGUUGCAGGGGAUGGAAGUCUUGUGUGCCCGUAUUUGAAUGUUUUUAAAGAUGAAAAUAAUGAGUUACCUGAAGUCCAGUGGUAUAAGAACUGUAAACCUCUGCCUCUAGACAACGGGAGCUUCAUCGGAGUGAAGGAUAAGCUGUUGGUGAGCAAUGUGGCAGAAGAGCACAGUGGAGACUAUAUAUGCCGUAUGUCCUACACGUACCAGGGGAAGCGAUAUCCGGUUACACGAGUGAUACAAUUUAUCACAAUAGGUGAGGCGGCUAAACACUGUACCCUGUAUGUGAGGAGCAGCGAGGGGCCAGUGAACAGGAACCUAGGAAAUGUAGGAUCAAUGAUACAACUGAUCUGCAAUGUCACGGGCCAGUACUCAGACCUUGUCUUCUGGAAGUGGAAUGAAUCAGAAAUUGAAGAGAAUGAUCCAUUUCUUACUGAAGACUAUCAACACAUGGAACAUCCUUCAACCAAAAGAAAGUACACACUCAUUACAACCCUGAACAUUUCAGAAGUCAAAAGCCAGUUUUAUCGCUACCCGUUUACCUGUGUUGUUAAGAACACAAAUAUUUUUGAGUCAGCGCAUGUGCGGUUAAUAUACCCAGUCCCUGACUUCAAGAAUUACCUCAUCGGGGGCUUUGUCAUCCUCACAGCUACAAUUGUAUGCUGUGUUUGCAUCUAUAAAGUCUUCAAGGUUGACAUAGUUCUUUGGUACAGGGACUCCUGCUCUGGUUUUCUUCCCUCAAAAGCUUCAGAUGGAAAGACAUACGAUGCCUAUAUUCUUUAUCCCAAGACCCUGGGAGAGGGAUCCUUCUCCGACUUAGAUACAUUUGUUUUUAAAUUGUUGCCCGAGGUCUUGGAGGGACAGUUUGGAUACAAGCUGUUCAUUUGUGGAAGGGACGACUAUGUUGGAGAAGAUACCAUGGAGGUUACUAAUGAAAAUGUAAAGAAAAGCAGGAGGCUGAUUAUCAUUCUAGUGAGAGAUAUGGGAGGCUUCAGCUGUCUGGGCCAGUCGUCUGAAGAGCAGAUAGCGAUAUACAAUGCUCUCAUCCGGGAAGGAAUUAAAAUUGUCCUGCUUGAGUUGGAGAAAAUCCAAGACUAUGAGAAAAUGCCAGAUUCUAUUCAGUUCAUUAAGCAGAAACAUGGAGCCAUUUGCUGGUCAGGAGACUUUCAAGAAAGACCACAGUCUGCAAAGACCAGGUUCUGGAAAAACUUAAGAUACAAGAUGCCAGCCCAACGGAGAUCACCAUUGUCUAAACACCAUUUACUAACCCUGGAUCCUGUGCUGGACAUGAAGGAGAAACUGCCGGCAGUGACACACUUACCGCUUGGCUAGCAUGGCAAAAGUGGGCAGGCCAAGAACUUUGGAAUGUCUCCUGUCAUAAGAUGCUGCAGCUGGGCUGUGCCUCCCAGUAAAACAGUCAUAAACCAAACCUGUGCAGUCCCUUGUCCCAGAUCACUUGGAACUGGAUUGUGAAGAGAACAGGACUUGGUGGCCUCUCAGAGCAGAGAGCUUGGCGAGCCCCAGAGCGAUGGUUGCUAAGGGACGCUGCUCUGGAUGCUUGAUGAACAGUCGAGGCAGUGAACUGGGCAUAGGAAGCUUCGGGAAAUGGCCACAUGUGUGGGUGGUUUAAUUAGAGUGUGUGGAGUCUCACAGUGGGAUCGUGGUUGCCUGAGGACACUUUGGGGGUCACUGUCAAAGAAGUGGCUCCCCUAAGUAUAAGGGCAGGUGAGGUUUACUGAUACCCCCCAGCAUUUAUUCUAGGUAUUUUCCAGAUACCUCGGCCACCAAACUUCAUCUUCAAAGACUGCAUUUUAUUGUGUAGAUCUUGAAAGCUGCUCUUUCAGUGAAGAAGGAUUCUGUGGGGUUCCCUUUUCUGCAGUCACUUUAGCUUUCUGCAGAAGUCAAGAUUUUAAAUUGACUGGAGAAGGAAGUCAGACACCCACAGGUUUCUUCUAAUCAAGCUUCCACCCUGGAAUGGCUGUCGCACCAUCUUCCUUCUGCGUUUUACUGGGCUCAUUGCUUCUCUGGAAAUAAAUGCAAUGCUUCCUCCAUCUGUCCUGUCACAGGCGGUCUGAGGAUUCACCUUCACAGGUCAGACUCCGCUCUUACCCCAGCCCCACUGUCGGAGGGGCUUCAUCCCCCACCUUGGGGCUCUUCUGCGCAGAAGCUGAAGUCUAUGCUCCUCCACAUCUUUGGUCCCAGUGCCCCUGUUCACCUUCCUGCUGGGUAAUUGCAGAACAACCUCUGGGACCUCUGUACCUGCUCUUGGCAUGCCUUCGCCUCUGUCUAUGCCCUGCCACCCACUUCCCAUGCCUAUGAUCCACUCUUGCAUUUUCUCCACCUGACGAGGAGCUUACUAAAGUUUAAAGUUUAUUUCAACGCUAAGAUCCCAACUGCCCAGUCUCUGCUUACUCUAAGACUUGGCCAGCCCUCUUUUCUGUCAUCCCAACCCUGCUGCUUCUCUGUAAAAGGUUGUUCCUUUACUAGCAGAAAUCAGUCUGCUGGGAGAGGUAGUGGAUGUAUAUCACUGCUUUUCGUAUUGGGAACAGGUGGUAUAGAUUUGUCAGGGCCUUUAUUUUAAAGUGUUCUUGGAUAAUCGUAUUUAAAUUUGCAAUUAUUCUAAUUUGAUAUAUAGAGAAACUGACCUAUUUAACAAAAGGACUCUCUUAACUCUACUGGACCCAGGCCUUGAAUUUUCUGGUUUCUUUCCCUGUGCUUUGAUUUUUGAUUUCAGGUCUAGCCCUAUGCACUUACCUCAGUACUCAGUACUUACUCAGUACUCAGUACUAACUCAGUACUCGUGGGAGGACACCUGACCAGGUGUUCUUUGAGAAGCAACUGAGUGAGGCAUGUUUUAAUGGGAGGAACCCAGUCCUUUUCACUGUUGGGAUUUAUAACACAGAUUUUUCAGUAUGAUGUUUCUAUUUUCCAAUACUGGUUCCCUAAAGGUCAACAUUUCUUCUCCCAACUAAAAAUGAAAGAAGAAAAAAAAUUUUUUUCCUUUUUUUUUUUUGUGGUACAGAAGUAUUUUUGUUUGUUUGUUUGUUUGUUUGUUUUUAACUUGAUGACUGUCUUCAGAAUAAUCCUCACAGUUCUGGAAGAUUGAAAAUCCAGAUUCACAUGCCAAGAACAAACCCGGUUUUAAGGGUUGUAUGUAAGGGGAUACCAUGCUGUCUUUCAGACUUUCAACAUCUGCUGUGGUUGAGCACAAAUGUUAUUUAAAGGCAUCUUCUCACCUACAUAGAAGUAAACAAGACAUACAAUUUGGGAUUUUUGUCUCUUCAGUUUUGACCCCAUUUCUCCUGGAUCCAGCCUAACAGUAGAUCUCUGGAUUGCUGGGGUAGAGAAGGAACGGCUGUCCCAGACAGCAGCCAGAAGUCUGAUAGAGUGAGGUCAUUCCUGACCCGUGAUGCUUUAAAAGUUUGAUUUUCCUGAUAAUGGUUUUUGUCUCUCAUCCCAAAAAUGUAUUGACAUGCGUGUAUAUUACCUGUGAAUGAUAGUUCUUAGAAACUUGGCCAGAGAGUAUAAAGGGGAGAGCAACAACAGAGAACCACAGACCUUGUGACACCAGAGACUGAGGGGGAACAGAGCCAGUAUCAAGAAAGCCCCUAGGCAAGAAAGUAGAGUCAUUGCUGGUUCCCAGCGGCAGUCAGAGAGGGUGAAACACCACAUCUGGGCAGUGGGAACUUCCUGUGACUUGUCCCGAUCCUCCCCAGAAAUAUCUGGUGUCAGCCGAGGACCACGCAUACCCCAAUACUUAGAUUUCACCGUACUUUCUGAUGGUGUUUUUAAAAGGCCAAGUGUUGCAAAAGUUUGCACAUGCAACCAUAUAUAUUAAUUGCCAGUGUUUAAAACUGGUUUAGCAGAAUUUAUAUUUUUAUCUCUCCUGCCUUUUGAAUUUUACUUAUGACAGAGAAAGUAUUGAGCCAUGACUUUUUAAAAUAAUUUAUAUUUAUACUGGUCAGUAAUGAAGGGUGUUUUUUAUUAUUAUUAAAGAACUUGAUUUUAUAAUUCUACAGCAGAUGCCAAAUAUUAUCUAUCACAAACCACAAAAUUUAUGUACAGUGCAUAUUGAUCAAUAAACUGAACUUGUUUUCCAAUAAAUUGU